AUGAGGGAGCGGCUCCGCGGAGCGGGUAGCCAUUGGGCGCGCGCGCAGAAAACGUAUCUCCGGCGGCUGCGUAGUAGCUGCAGGCGUCGCAGCCCCUACAUUGAAGAGUCAGUAGGUUCGCCUGCACCGCCAGGAGGAACUGCUCCCGCGGCUCAGUCCGUGCUCCGGACCGCCGUCCGUGUCCGGGCCCUCCGGCCCUCCCGCGCUGCGAACCCGGCGGAGCCCAGAUGGUGGACCCGCGCUGUGCUCGGCUACGCCUCCCUCCCGGCGCCGAGGCGCCAGCGGCGCCUACCUCGUCCGCUGGGCCCCCGGCGCCGCACUCGCCGCUUCGCGACUCUCCCGCGGCGGACGGAGGGCGGCGAUCGACUCGCACGUAGAGCCGCCGCCACGGCCGUACCUGCGCCCGUCCAGGUCGGCCGCCUCCAGCCUGGCGCCGUCGCGCGGCGCGACCAGGAACCCCGAUGCGGCCGCGGCGCGUGCGGCCGCCUGUCCCCCGCCGACCGCUUCGCCAAGGCCGCCGAGAGCCCGGCCGGGAAGCGGCUCCGGCCGCCGGGGACCUGCGGCGGAGCGUCCAGAGCGGGCCCCGCUUCAGGGGUGAAGGCGACAGCGACGGCUCUGUGGGCCCCAAGUUUCAUACCCUUGUGGUGUGAGAAGCUGCAUCGUUUUUGGGGGCUCGUCCGGGAUAACUUCGGAGGUUCCCUUCAUCUUGGAUGCAUUCGUCUGUGCAGAGAAAACUGCUACCUAGAUGGGUCCUGCUGCAUAUGGCAGGUCAAUCACUACCACCCCAGCCAGUCAGAGCGAGUCUGCAUGCAGCAAGUGGGUCUCUGCCUCUGGGCCUCCAUGCCUACACAGCCAUCCCACACAGCCAUCCUCUGGGGCUCUGACCUCAGCGCUGCCACCACUCCAGCCUCUGCUCUGCUCUCCUGCAGCCUCGCCGUCGCCGCCGUGUCACCGUGUCACCCAGAGCACUGGGUGGAGCUCUUUCUAUAGAGUCAAUAGCAACAUAUUGCCCACAUGAGUGGUGAGCUAGCCGACUAGGCCCAGGUGAGAAUCCUGGCCACAGGAACUUUCAUUUUAUCCACACUUAACACAGUCUUUAGCGAACAUACAAUAACUCAGCCCACCUUGGAGGCAGGGAGGGCAGUCUUAACUGAUAUGCUCCCCAACCAGGAAGCUGCUCUCCUGGUGGGAAUCCAUCAGAGCAGGGCGUUUCUUGUGUUAAGCUAAUUUUGCAUAAUGACCUGGAGGGCUGAUAAGAAACUUCGUGUCUCAUCUUGAGACCACUUCACAGGUCCACACCCCUAGCCCUUUGUCACAUUCCUGAAAAUUCCUUCCAAGGGGGAGCCCCCACCCUUUCGGUGCGCCUCCCUCUCUGAGGUAGCCCACACUCCCCUCUCUCUGAGUGUGCACUUUCUCUCUGUAAAUAAAACUUUUACAUGUUCUUCACUGCUGCGUCUCUGCCCCUCAGUUCUUUGCUGCGGCGGGGACAAGAACCCAG